CUGUUGUACGUAAAGGCGUUCCUCUCAUACCUUACCUUACCUACAGGUAGUGGUGAGUUGGUCCAACGAACGUACUCUGACGCGCGUUCUCGUCAAUGUCGUACAGCUUUAUUGGUUAUCACAUUUGACUUGAACUUUCUUUCGCGGCGAACCAAUUCUAGGCUUCUUUAUUAAGCUUAAUCAUUUCUCUCUCUCUCUCUCUCUCUCUCUUGGCUUUUGUACUUUGUCCAUCUUAUAGUACCUUGUCUUUUUGUUUUUUUGCAGUUUUUCUUCUUCUUGGGAUCCUCGAGUGGCGGAGUGAUCGCAUCACGAAUUACACACAAGCGGCGGCGUUUCAUUAUUCUGGCUGCCUAGAAUCGAGGUCACGACAAUGCGCGGUCUCAGCAAGGCGGCAACGCUGGUAUUGGCGCCGGCGGCGGUGUUGGCGAGGCCUGUGCCUACGAAUGCGUCAUUACGAGACAUCCCGGCCGAGUCUGCCUUUUCCGUUGCCAUUGCCGUACCCACGGGCGCCUCCCGAGACGCAAAGACGGCCGACCAGCCUCUGGUCCUCAACCUCGACAUCCAGGAGUCAUCAGAAGCCUGCGCUCCCGCCAAGGUCCGCAUCGACGGCUUCCUCCUCUCGCAGGAUGACACCGGCGCCGGCCAAGGCACAUUCGCCUCCCUAGACGGCCGCACCGUCACGGCGAGCUGGAACUUUACCUGCCGGGACCACGAGCACGAGCACGAGCACGCCGGCCGCCGCCGCGGUGGUGGUGGUGGUGUCCCCUGGGACCAGGACCUCGUCGUGACAAUCAUGUCCCUCGACGGCGAGGCCAUUGCCCCCGAGGCGUCGUCGUCGUCGUCCUUUGUGACGAGCUUCCGGCAGCGGACGCCCGUCAAGGUGUACGACGUCGGGGGCGACUCCGUGGUGUACACGACGGACGGGCGUGCGCCGUCUCGGCGGCACCAGGAGAGGCUCUUGGAGAGGAUCAAGGGGCUGACGGGGGUUGACGAGGUAGACGGGCGGACCAAGGCGGACGUGGGCGACAUUGUCUCGCUCGAGAACCAGAUGCGGGAGCUGGGCGAGCGCAUCAAGGACAAGCAGAGGAUGGUCCUGGACAGGCUGGGCAUCAGGAUGCCGCCAACAACAACGACGACGACGACGACGACGACGCUGCCGGCGCUUGGUGGUGGCAUGCAGACGUUUUACCAGACGGCCAAGCUGGCGUCCUCGACGUUACGGGGCACGAUGGAGCACUGGCUUGGUUCUGUGCUGGGGUUUCCUCCGGUCGUGCGGCUUGAUUCCUACCGGCAUUGGGAUGAGGCGGGGAGUCGUGAGCAUCAUCAUCAUCAUCAUGGGGUCGGGCAACAUGCUCAUCCGGAACAUAGGGAUGACGGGGUGGUGGUGAGCAUGCAGGUGGAUGGACAGGGGGGACAGCGCUUCUAUUACUAUCGGGACGAUGCCGAUUCCAGCUCUACGCGACUUGCGCCUGCGCCUCCUCCAAGGAACGUCGGCUACGUCCCGCUCUUUGCAACAAUCUUCACCUUCCACCUCGGCCUCUACUUCAUCCUCCGCUCCAUCCGCCAGCGAAUGCACUCACGCCGCUCACGAAGCCCCGACCACCGCCACCACCCGCAACGACACUCUCCUCGCUCCAGCAGCAACAGCAACAACACCAGCCAGGAACAAAGCACCGCCAGUCUCCUCCGCGAAAGCGUCCGAGACCUCUUCCGGGCAACAAGACACGUCGAGGUCGAUGAAAAGACGCGGCUGAUGACGAUGAUGACGAUGCAUGAAGGGGACGACAGCACUACGAUGGAGGACGAGCUGGCGUCCUUUCAGGAGGCUGCUUCGCUGUUUAGCGAUGUCGUUGUUGCUGCUGCUGCGGCGGCGGCGGGGAGGGAGGACGAGGAUGGAAGGCUGCCGAGGUUUGCGGACGACGUGAGUCCGCCUGCGUAUUUUGAUGAUGAUGAUGAUGAUGUGCAAGGGAGGUUUGAUGAGAAGCGGCCUGAUGGCUGUUGAUUUGCAGUUUGUGGUGUUGUGAUUUCAGCGAGGCGAUGACUU